GUUUUAAAGAAAUUGGCACGUAACCAUGCAAGUAAUAGCAGAAACUUUUUGCUUUAGGUGUAGUGCUUAUCAGGAAGAUUCCAUAUUUUACUUGAAAAUAUAAGUAUAGGUGCAACAUAGCUAAUUUCUACGACUUCAUUAUAUAGAUCUGAUAGACAGUUUUUAUUUGGCCAAUGCCUGCUAGAUAUACCUAUCAUAGUGUCAUUUCUGCUUAUAGAAUCAUAAAUGUAUGUGUUAAAUGGGCUUAAUAUUUGGUCAGAUUGCCAAUAAACGUAGCAAACUUCAGUCCAAAUAAAUCAGUUUAUAAACUUAGGAUAAUGUCUAGCCACCUUUGGUGUGUUCUAGGUAAUCAAUAGUUGUAAUUAAUGAUGCUUAAAUAGAUUUUCUAGAUAAGAUUAAGGAGAAAUUGUUUGACAGGACCUAUAUAAUCUGCAUUUUUAUCAUCUGAGUGGGAAGUCUUAUUAAUUUUCCUGUACUGUGUCAUAGACUUGCAGAAGAACAUAGAAGGUAGUGAUUAUGCUAUCUGUCAAGAAAGGCAUCACAGCAGAUUGAAGGGUAGUAAAGAAUUUGAGACCAGAGAAGAGGCUCUGGGAAGGAAGGCAAGCAUGGAGAAGGAAACUUGGAGGAUUAGAUAGGCUAAAGGUCAGAUCUGUGGAGUGGACAGUAGGUGGCAGGUCAGUUUGUUGCCUUGCUCAUUGCCUGAUACGUAAUAGGUGCUCAAUAAGUAUUUGUUGAAGGAAGGAAUGGGAAAAAGAAAAUUCAUCCUUUAAGAACAGUAGAAUCCUACUUUGGCCUUACCUUACUUUAUUUGUCACUUGACCUCAGUUAUCACAUCUCCCUGACCUUGGGUUGCUAUUACGUUUGUUGUUAAAACAUAUACCAGAUAGUUUAUAUUUUAACUUGUAAUUAUUGUCUAGCUCUGGAAUGAUGGGAGGGUGGGGGGAUGCUCUCCUAUUUAGAGAUAUGGUGAAUAUACCUGAGUGCUUGGAAAUUUAAUUUCCUUUUGUUUUAAGACAAUAACAGAGUAGGUGUGACCAUAUGUAGCCCCUGAAUAUUCUGGCCUUGGGUGAUGUGGGUGAGCACUUCUAGCUCAUCUGACAGGUUAGAGGUAUACACUUAUUUGCUCUGUAAGAAGUGUCAUCUGGUAAGAUGAUCAAGAAUGGUGCAAAGCAGGAUGGAGAGUUUAAAAUUGUUUCCAAAUUUUAAAUGGAAUGUAAAUGGAUAUAAACAUGUAAGAUUUUAAUACACCAAACUGAUUUCUGUGUAACUUCCAAGUUUCUUUUCUCUUUUAAAACUACUCUGAAAUCUGUUCACAGAAACUUAGUUUAUAGAAUUUUAUCUGCUUUCUUUACUUAGGUAUUACACUGACCUCACAUCCAAUAGUGAAAACAGAUUUUAUUGUAGAAUCUGAAAAGAUAGAGGGCCAUGUAGGUUUCAUUUUCAAUUUUGUUUAUACUAACGUGUUUACAACCCAAUUUUAAUUUACACCCUGUAUUGUAUUAUUAUCAUAUAUCUGUAUGCGUGUAAAUGUAGUAUGUGGUGGCAAAGGAAAAUUUUGAGAAAGAAAAAACUCUUUGAUCUGUUUGAUUCAAUAUAUAUUUGAGUGUCUAACAGACACUGUAUUAGACACUGGUGAUUCAACACUGAACAGAGCGCCAGAUACUUUGCAGCAUCUCCUGGAGUUGCUGUCAAGACAUACUUUCCAAGGGGAAUAUUUCAGAAUAGGUGAUAACUAAUCAAAGACAGCAAAGUACCUUAGUCAUCUAGGAGAGUUGUAUUUAGAGUGAGCUGAAAUAAACUAAGCUCACUAAAGACAGGGAUUUUUGUUUGGCUUUUGUUUGUUGCAUUCACUACUGUUAUCUCCAGGGCCCAAAAUAGUGCUUGGCUCAUAAUAAGUAUUGAGUAAAUAUAUGUUGUUGAUUAAAGUGUUUGUUUUGAAUUUGUGUAAUCAAAGACAUGUACCUUGGCAAAUCAUCUUUACAUCUUGCUAGGUGAAAUUUUUAUCUCUGUUGCUUUGUUUUUAAUAUUACCUGCUUUUUGUUUCUACUUGUGCCACACAUCAGGAUGCUGGAAAAGCUUGUUAAUAUUGGCAGUUAGUCAUAUGGUUAUCCGAUAUUGCAAAGAAUAGAUUUGGAAAGUAACUUAAGGGAUCAUCUUUUGUUCAGCUUCCUGGCUAGGAAAACUAAGUAAGAUAAUUAGGUGUGUAUAUUUAAUUAAUCAUUUAAAAAAAAAAAAACAGGACAACAUAAUUGGGUUCUCUCUUGAGAAAAUGGAGAAAGGUACUUAACCCUAGAUAUAAAGGGACUAACCUGGAAAUUUUGGAACUUCUGUGUGGGAAACUGGAGAAAAAAAAAAAAAAGCACAACUAAGCUGCUCUUUGUUGAUAUCAGAAAUAGGCCUGUCAUUCAUUUUGGCAUUGAAGCAUAGCCUCCUAUCUCAGGGGGCAGGACUGGGACAUUUUUUUCCUCCCACAAAAGCUGGACAGUUACUACAGGUUCAGAAAGCCCUGACCGGUUUUUCAAGAGUUUCUCCUCCUUUUUCCUCCUGAAACUUGCGGUGCUUUUGCUCUGCUUUCAAGAUGCAUUAAGUCUCCUGGUUUGUGACUGCUUUGGAGCCAGCUACUCUGAUAUGUAUGAUUCAAAUUAUGCAGGUUUCACGAGCAACAUUUCAUUUGUUGCAUUUCCAGUUUCCAAUACCAACUCACCUACAAAGAUUUUACCAAAAACCUUAGGACCAAUCAAUGUGAAUGUUGGACCCCAAAUGGAUGCAACCAGAAGGCAUCAUCUUUGAAGGAGAGAAUAAGCCCUCACCAGGCACUGAAUCUGCCAGCGCUUUAAGUUUGGACCUCUCAGCAGCCUCCAGAACAAUUAUAAGCACACCACAGAGACUAACCAGUUCAGGAAGUGUUCUGAUUGGGAGCCCAUAUACCCCUGCACCAGCAAUGGUUACUCAGACACACAUAGCAGAAGCUACUGGCUGGGUCCCUGGUGAUAGAAAACGGGCUAGAGAAUUUAUAGACUCUGAUUUUUCAGAAAGUAAACGGAGCAAAAAAGGAGAUAAAAAUGGCAAAGGCUUGAGACACUUUUCAAUGAAAGUGUGUGAGAAAGUUCAGCGAAAAGGUACAACAUCAUACAAUGAAGUUGCUGAUGAGCUGGUGUCAGAGUUCACCAAUUCAAAUAACCAUUUGGCAGCUGAUUCGCAGGCUUACGAUCAGAAGAACAUUAGACGAAGAGUUUAUGAUGCUUUAAAUGUGCUAAUGGCAAUGAACAUAAUUUCAAAAGAAAAAAAAGAAAUCAAGUGGAUUGGCCUACCUACCAAUUCUGCUCAGGAAUGUCAGAAUCUGGAGAUAGAGAAGCAGAGGCGGAUAGAACGGAUAAAGCAGAAGCGGGCCCAGCUGCAAGAACUUCUCCUACAGCAAAUCGCUUUCAAAAACCUGGUACAGAGAAAUCGACAAAAUGAGCAGCAAAACCAGGGCCCUCCAGCUCUGAACUCUACCAUUCAGCUGCCAUUUAUAAUUAUCAAUACAAGCAGAAAAACAGUCAUAGAUUGCAGCAUCUCCAGUGACAAGUUUGAGUAUCUUUUCAAUUUUGACAACACCUUUGAGAUCCACGAUGACAUAGAAGUACUAAAGCGGAUGGGAAUGUCAUUUGGCCUGGAGUCAGGCAAAUGCUCUCUGGAGGAUCUGAAACUUGCGAAAUCCCUGGUGCCAAAGGCUUUAGAAGGUUAUAUCACAGAUAUCUCCACAGGACCUUCUUGGUUAAAUCAGGGACUACUUCUGAAUUCUACCCAAUCAGGUUCAAAUUUAGACCUGACCACUGGUGCCACCUUACCCCAGUCAAGUGUAAACCAAGGGUUAUGCUUGGAUGCAGAAGUGGCCUUAGCAACUGGGCAGUUCCUGGCCCCAAACAGUCACCAGUCCAGCAGUGCAGCCUCUCACUGCUCCGAGUCCCGAGGCGAGACCCCCUGUUCAUUCAAUGAUGAAGACGAGGAAGAUGACGAGGAGGAUUCCUCCUCCCCAGAAUAAAGACAAGAGAAAGCCUACGUCGUUUCAAUAUGUGAUGCUCAUGUGUGUUUGUAGUGUGAGCUCUUGUUUUUGAAAUGAUUGCUUCAGUCUUUGCCUUUGUUUGCACUGUGUUCAGUGAAAACUAGAGAAACACAAUAAGCAAAUCACACGAAGGCUGAGAUGAUUGAGAUGAAAGUUAACAGUGUAAAUGAAAGUCUGACCAACAGCAGUAAAUGGUAUCACAAACAAAGCAUGUUUUCUGAGGAGAUAGUGGGGAGAAUCCCUGAAGAGUUGGCAGUGUGAGUGUAGCUCAUUUAUCUUCUGUGAGGUAGAAUUUUUGUGUUCCUCACACCCAUGUAAUUAUUCUUAGAAUUGAGAUUGUUACAUGGAGCAGUCCUUGAUGAUUGAGUUCUUGAUGUUUCCCUUCCCUGCCUGGACUGCCUUUGACAAGGUGGAAAGGAACAUGAAAAGUCCCCAGUAGGGGGAGCUGUGUAUUGAGGGAUCCAGAGGGCAGUCCUGUGGCCGAGGGGCACAGAUUGAACUGCUGAAUUAGUUGGAGGUCUAGUUGAGGUGCUUUACGCAUCAGCUGCCUUAGACAGCUUCUAGAAAGGAGCGAGCGCUACUUCUUAAGUACUUAAGCGACAUUUAGAUAAUUUAUAGUAAAACUGAAAUUAAUUAUCAUUAUUAGCCAAUGCAUUGGUACAUAGAAUUUACUAGGGCUACUUCUGGAAGCCAAAAUAGAAUAGCAUUUCCAUGUACAUUAAAUACUUUGCCCGCACUGCCUUUUGCCAGCAUCCUAAAUCUGGAGUUUUACAGAGAGGGAAACUGUAUCUUUAGGUUAAUCAAAGCUAUGCAUUUCAUACAGCUUUUUUAUUUAAAACAAGACAAAUUCCUAUGACCAAAUUGCUUACCUACAGUUCCCUGCAGUAAUUGUGUGAUCUCUCCCAGUGUGCAAUUUGUGAAAAUGAACCAAAUGUCAUUACUUUUGUCUCAAAGAAAAGUCUAUUUCAAGAAUAUGAACAGCACUG